AUGUCAUCUGGACCGCACACACCCACUGAAGACAUGAGUGAUCCAAUCAAUACAACACUCGAUUGCCUCACUGCAGCGGAAGAUAUUGUGACAGAUCAUCACGAUGAUCGUUAUAAUACUGAGGACCGUCGGCGUAGCAGAACUGACGAUGAAGACUUUAAAUAUCGGCGCAGAAAAAGCACCAGCCGAUCACUAUCACCGCGUCGACGUUCCAGAUCUCCACGUCGUUCUCGGUCUCCGCGGCGGGAACGUACGCCACAUAGACGUUCCCGCUCUCCACGAACGCCACAAAGGGGAGGGGAUCCACAUCCUGAAACUUAUCGCCGUCGUCCACCGGAGAGGGAACCAAGGGAACGAAAUGUUAGUUUGCGUAAUAAUUUCAGACAAGACAGAAAUUAUAAUCAAAGGAUAUCAGCUCGGGAAGUGGCAGGUAUGUCAAAGAAUAAUCCAAUGCCAUCAUCCAAUGGUCUACAAGCAAUAAACGCUUCACAAAGAUCACAAAAGGAGUGCCGCGUUUAUGUUGGAAAUUUGGCUUAUGAAGUAAAAUGGGCUCAAUUAAAAGAUUUUAUGCGCCAAGCUGGUGAAGUUGUUUUUGCCGACGUUUUGGUACAACCUAAUGGCAUGUCUAAAGGAUGCGGUGUCGUUGAAUAUCGUACGCCGGAAGAUGCACGGAGAGCAAUAGAAACUCUUAAUGACACCCAAUUACUCGGGAGACCUGUGUUUAUUCGCGAGGAUCGUGAGACUGAAGCAAAAUUUGGUACUGGAUUAAGUAUUAGGCCCGAUAGAGCAUUACCAAUGUCCAAUAGUAAUCAUAGUCAUCAUCCUCCAAACGUUAGUGGUGGUAAUGCUGGUAGACAAAUUUAUGUGGGCAAUCUACCCUAUUCUGUUGGAUGGCAGGAAUUAAAAGAUCUUUUUAGAAAUGCAGGAAACAUUAUUCGCGCUGAUAUACUCAUUGGCCCAGAUAGACGAUCUAAAGGGUCAGGGACUGUUCUUUUUGAGACACCAGCAGAUGCUGCAAAUGCGAUUUCUAUGUACGAUGGGUUCGAAUUGAAUGGUAGAAGGAUUGAAGUCCGUGAGGAUCGAUUUGCUGGAGGACCACCACCACCGAGAUUUUCAACACGCCCAACACGUCCUUAUGCGGGUCCGAGCCAUUAUCAUAACUCUGCGGGAGGGUUUUAUGGGCCACAAGCAGCUGCACCAGCAAGCUUUGGUUCGACUUACCAAUCUAUGGGACCUGGACCAGACCAGUAUGAUGGAUACGGUGGCGGUUAUAAUGAUUUCAGCGCUGCAGGCGCAAACAUGAUGGAUUAUAGCGGCGGUGGAUUUGGUGGAGGUUACAUUCCCCCAUACGGUGGUGCAGUUGGAUAUGACGGGUCGGCGGGUUACUAUCCUACACCAGGAGCAUCCGGUGGGACUGGAACACAAAUCUUUGUCAGAAAUUUGUAUUCUAGAUGUAAAGAAACAGUAGAAGAAAACAGUAUCUUGGUUUCUUCUUAUGUAUUGCUCCCGUUCACAACAACUAAUCUGGAUUUGAGAGAUCUCUUUAAACAUUGCGGUAAUGUUUUAAGGGCUGAGAUUCUAGAGCAGAAUGGAAGACCAAAGGGUGCCGGUGUAGUGCAAUUCGAUUCAAACGAGGCUGCUCGUUUUGCUGUUGAAAAAUUUAGCGGGUACACUUAUGGCGGUCGUAUUAUUGACGUUAAUUUUGAUCGAUAUGCUUAA